GAGUCUGGAAGGAUUUCUUGGACAGACAUUUUUGAUUAAAGCCUGUGUUAAGAAGGCUGGCUCAGGGCAGAUCAACGCCACUCCAAAUCCACUCGGUCAGGAGCAGCAGCAGAAUGGAGUUUCGAGGCGCCUGCUUGCUUCUGUGCCUCUUUUGCCUUGUGCAGGUUACAGUCCAGCAAGCUUCCACAUUCAAGCAAAAGCCAGCGAGCUCCAAGAAAGAUGGUGUGAGCCUCAAAAUGAUUGAAGAUCUUAAGGCUCUGAUUGACAACAUCUCCCAGGAGGUGGCUUUAUUGAAAGAAAAGCAAGCACUUCAGACAGUGUGUUUGAAGGGCACUAAAAUUCACCUCAAGUGCUUCCUUGCGUUUUCCGACACCAAGACAUAUCACGAGGCCAGUGAAGACUGCAUCUCCCAAGGCGGCACCCUCAGCACCCCCCAGAACGGGGAUGAAAAUGACGCGCUCUACGAGUACAUGAGGAAGAGCAUUGGGUCAGAAGCAGAUGUCUGGCUCGGCAUCAAUGACCUGGCGGCUGAGGGCAAAUGGGUGGACAUGACAGGCAGCAGCAUCCGCUACCGGAACUGGGAGACUGAGAUCACCACCCAGCCAGAUGGCGGCAAACUGGAGAACUGUGCAGCCUUGUCAGGGGUUGCCAUUGGCAAGUGGUUUGACAAGAGAUGCAAGGAUAAAUUGCCGUACGUGUGUCAGUUCAUGAUUGUGUAACAGCAGGGCUCCUACUGCUGACGUGUAGGCCAGGUUAUUCUGUUUGGCAUCAGGAAUAUAUAUAAAUAGUUUAUCUAUUUGCACAUAUAUACAUUAUAUAUAUACACAAAUAGAUAAACUAUUUGCAAAUAAAGUCAUCGUGGCCUGGUAAUGCAUUAGAGCACGUUAGAUCUAUGCUGCAUUUUAAUUGGCUAAAAGCUACUUCCAACUCCAUAGCAGCUGCAUUGUUCUUACUAAGGCAUGAUUUAUAGAUAUAUUUUUUUACAUCAGAAAUGUAUUAGGAUGGCUUAUGUGAUUUAAUAAAGAACCAGUGCAACACUCCAACUUUGCAAACCAUAGAGUAGGUUACAUAAGCCUCAUUAAAUUGUUGCUGUAGAUACUUUUCCUG